AUGUCUGAAAAGAUCCGACUCGAGCGACUGGCUAAAUAUCUUGGAGCUGUACUCCAUGGGAAGCAGGAAGUUCAAGAUCUCUCCAACUUCAAGAAACUCAUACAAGCAAUUUUGAACACCAAAAACCACUGCGCUGUGGUUGAGCGGCUCGCUGCAAGUCCAAACGCCCUGAAGGCCCUUCGAAACGGGCUGAGGUUCAACAUCACACCAGUUUUCAUCAACGAAUUUACUGCAAAAUUUAUCCAGUUCUUGAACGACCCAGCAGUCAAGCUUCUUGGGAACGGUCAAAUUCUCGAAGACCUCCUCCUGAUUAUAUUGGAGCCCCGCACUCUCUGGAAUUCGUUUGUCAAGGCCUUUUGCGACCGACAGCUGGAUGAAAACGCAACUCAUGCUCUAUGUUGGUUGACCACGGAACUGCUGUCUUUGCCUGCGUCACUCAAGGUGGAUAUCAGAAAAGAUGCCCAGACCAUUGUGGAUCAAGAAUAUCUUUUCUUAUCUCCACUGGUUCGCCUGAGGAACUCAGGGCACAAGAUAAAAUACCUAUUGGAGAUGAAAUCCUCCGCAACUGCCUUACCUACCUCCGACAUCACAGCAGGCGGCCGCCAUGAUAAUGACUUCGUUGAUUUUCGGUUGACAGCUAUCCUACCUACCGCAGAUGAAAUGGGAUGCAUUGAGAAGCCCUUCUAUCGUGACGUCGAGGAGAUCGCGCAGUUGUGUGGCAGCCAACGUAUCGCGGGCCACCUUGACAAUCAAUUUCGUCUCUUGAGAGAAGACAUGCUUUCGAGCCUUCGAGAUGAUUUCCAAAUCGCGAAUGGAUCUAAAAGUGGUCGUCGAUCCGCCUUCCGCAUGCGUGGCCUCUCUCUAUCCUCCAUCCGCUGUAGCUCGAGUGAUGAGAAAUACAUGCGACCAUGCACCCUAGGUGUGACUUCGAGAAAUGGUCUCGGAAAACUCAAGGACCUGACGAAAGACGAACGAAAAUCAUUCUUGAAGAACACACCGCAAUUUGUCAAACAUUGCGCAUUUGGAUGCUUGGUCAGAGACAAGGAGAUUGUGGCUUUUGCCAUAAUCGAACGAGAUGUCGAUGCACUGACUUCAGACCCACCCGUAGUGAUGCUGCGCAUCACGGGCGAAGAGGCACUGAAAAAGUGUCUUCUUUAUCUUAAGCUUUACGAUGAUGUUGAAUUUUUGGUGGUUGACACACCCACAUUUGCAUAUGAGCCCAUAUUGAGAUGCUUGCAGGAGAGAGUAGACUUUCCUCUCAAAGAGGAAUUGUUUCUCUUUGAGAAAGGUCAGCCAGCGAGGGAGUCGGUUCUGGCUCCCUGGAACAUCAUCGGUGAGCUGAGAGAAGAAUACAGGCGAAAUGUCCAGAAUAUUCUCCAGACUCCUCAGCCUGUCACAUUGGAUGCCUCGCAACUUGAGUCUUUGCUAGUGGGAUUGACUCAAAGAGUCACCCUUAUUCAAGGACCUCCAGGCACUGGAAAAUCCUUCAUUGGUGCAUUACUUUCCAAAGCCCUCUAUGAUCACACCCAGGAGAAGAUACUGGUCAUGUGCUAUACCAACCAUGCUUUGGACCAGUUCCUGGAAGAUCUGUUGGACAUUGGAAUCGAUUCGUCUGCCAUUGUUCGACUAGGCUCGAAGUUUACGCCAAGAACCUAUCCUCUCAGUCUCAAGAUGCAAAAGUCUAAUCACCGGAGAUCACGGGAAGCCUGGAGCAUUAUCGAUGCACUAGGAGAGGAAGGAAGAAACCAAAAAGACGAAUUAAACCAAUCCUUCCAGGCAUACCAGAGCCUGUCGGCCGGAAAUUUAUCAAUAUUGAGUUAUUUGGAGUUCGAGGAGCCUGAUUUCUUUGAAGCGCUGAGCGUGCCCGAAGAUGAGAGUGGAAUGAGUAUAGUUGGUAAAACCGGAAAAGCGGUUCAUCAGGACUAUCUCUUUGCCCAGUGGGCGAGAGGGGAAUCCCCGAAGCACUUGAUAGACCUGCUCCCUGCGCGCUGUCAAACCAUAUGGGAGAUGGAGCAGCAUCUGCGAGAGGACAAAAUUGCAUCCUGGAGCCGAGCGUUGGUGAAUGAACAAGCCACCUCUUUGGGCGUUCAGAUGACAAUGUUCAACAAGUGCGAGAGAAAAUUGAGCGCCAAAUUAGCCGAAAAAACGAGAGACGUUCUGAAAGGAAAGCGAAUCAUUGGAUGCACAACCACGGCUGCUGCAAUGUACACAGAUGACUUGCGGCAUGCAUCUCCUGGGAUAGUGCUCCUCGAAGAGGCGGGUGAAAUCCUGGAGUCCCAUGUGCUUACGGCACUUGCACCUGAGACCAAGCACUUGAUUAUGAUCGGAGAUCACCUGCAGCUGAGACCCAAGAUCAAUAGCUACAGUUUGAGUGCAGAAAAGGGGGAUGGCUAUGAUCUUAAUGUCUCUUUGUUCGAGAGACUCAUUCAUGCUGGAUACCCACACACAACUCUGUUGAAACAACACCGAAUGUGUCCUGAGAUUUCGAGUCUUGUGCGGAAUCUCACAUAUCCUGGGCUAGAAGACGAUGAGAAAACCAAGACCCGUCCCAUGCCAAGGGGACUGUGUGAUCGAGUUGUAUUUUUCAACCAUGAGCACCCUGAGACCAAAUUCACGGAAAUCUCUGAUCGCCGAGAUGAGGGAUCAAACCAAUCAAAGCAGAACGCGUUCGAGGUAGAGAUCGUUCUCAAGAUUGUCAAGUAUUUUGGACAACAGGGCUAUGGCACUGACAAAUUGGUCGUCCUCACGCCCUAUCUGGGUCAGCUAUCGCUCCUGAGAAAAAUGUUGAGCAAGCAGAAUGAUCCGGUUCUAAACGACCUUGACUCUCACGAUCUUGUACAAGCGGGACUCUUGUCGAAAGCAAGCGCUAACCACUCCAAGAGACAGGUCAAGAUUUCAACCAUUGGUAAGCAAGCCAAACACACGUCCAAACCCUAUGAAUAG